AUGGUCCUUGUUCUCGUCAUUGGAGACCUUCAUAUUCCACAUAGGACCCAUGAUCUUCCAGCUAAAUUCAAGAAGCUCCUCGUGCCAGGCAAGAUCCAGCAAAUUCUUUGUACUGGCAAUGUCUGCGAUAGAGAAACAUACGAAUACUUGCGGACCAUCUCGCCAGACGUAAACAUUGUAAAAGGAGACUACGACGAAUCUACAUUCCCAUCAUCGCUUGUCGUGUCGCACAGUCCAAUAAAAAUUGGAGUGAUACACGGGCAUCAGUCGAUACCCACAGGCGACCUGGAUUCACUAAGUUCGUUGGCAAGGCAGAUGGAUGUAGAUGUGUUGGUGUCUGGGCAUACUCAUGUAUUCCAAGCUAUCGAAUAUGACAACAGGUUCUUCGUAAAUCCAGGUACAGCAACUGGUGCUUGGACUGGAACCUUGAAUGGGGAGCCAACCCCGUCGUUUGCUUUAAUGGAUAUCCAAGGAUCUGUGGUAGUCACAUACGUAUACCAACUUAUCGAAGGAGAAGUGAGAGUUGAGAAGAUCGAAUGGCGCAAAGAACCAGAGACUGCUCAUGUACCGCGAAGCGGGGUUUUCCCACAGAGCGUUCCAAGCCCCACAAUACCAGGUAGCCCUCAAGGUGGCUCGAUCUGGUGA